GCAGCCAGAGGAGCGCAGGCAGGGCUUCCUGCCGGGAGCCGGGCUGCCGGGCCAUGCUCUGGGCGCUCUGGCCCAGGUGGCUGACAGGCCAGGCGCUGCCCCUCGUGGGUGCAGUGUUGCUGCAGAAGAGACAGAAGAGGGAACCUCAGCGGAGGCGGUGGCGGCGGGAGACACACCCAUACUAUGACCUCCAGGUGAAGGUGCUGAGGGCCAAAAAUAUCCGGGACGCAGACCUGUUGUCCAAAGCCGACUGCUACGUGCAGCCGUGCCUGCACACAGCGUCCUCCAGCCCCGCCCAGACAAGGGUGGUAGCCAACUGCCGGGACCCCGAAUGGAACGAAACCUUCCACUACCGGCUCCACGGCGCCGUGAAGAACGUCCUGGAACUCACCCUCUAUGACAAGGACGUCCUGGACAAUGACCAGCUCUCCCAGCUGCUGUUUGACCUGAGGAGCCUCAAGCCCCACCAACCGCACAGACACACCUUCUCACUCAGCCACCAGGAUUCACAAGAGCUGCAGGUGGAAUUUGUUUUGGAGGACAGCCAGGUGCCGGCGUCUGAAGUCAUCACCAAUGGGGUCCUGGUGGCUCAGCCCUGUCUGAGAAUCCAGGGCACCCUCAGUGGAGAUGGGACAGCCCCACAUCAAGAGUAUGGCUCCAGGCAGAUUUGGCUGGCAGUGCCCGGGGCCCACGAGAAGCCCCAGCUCUUGCCCCUGCAGCCUCCCCUGCAGGCAGACCUCCCCGCCACGUUUACCUUCCACGCGAACCCAGUGCUCAGUUCCAGGCUGGAGGUGGAGCUGAGAGAGAAGCUCACGGUCCUGCAGAACGGCCCAAGUGCUGAGCUGGAGGUCCAGAUCAGCAAGCUGGGCGAGGGGGACGUCCUGCUCUCCUCUCUGGCCCUCGGUCAGGAGCAGCAGCAUGUCGUGGCCCUGGGGGAGGGCCAGGAGGUGGCUAUGAGUGUGAAGGCAGAAGUGAGCUCUGGGGACCUGGACCUGCGUCUUGGCUUUGACCUCUGUGACGGGGAACAGGAGUUUCUGGAUAAGAGGAAGCACGUCGUGUCCAAGGCCCUCCAGCAGGUGCUGGGAUUGAGCCAGGCUCCCGACGGUAACCAGGUGCCUGUGGUGGCUGUGCUGGCUUCGGGAGGUGGAACCCGAGCCAUGUCUUCCCUCUACGGCAGCCUGGCCGGGCUACAGGAGCUCGGCGUCCUGGACACUGUGACCUAUCUGAGCGGAGUCUCUGGGUCCACCUGGUGCAUCUCCACACUCUACAAGGACCCAGCCUGGUCCCAGGUGGCCUUGCAGGGCCCUAUUGAGCGUGCCCAGGCUCGGGUCUGCAGCAGUAAGAUGGGGGCAAUGUCCAUGGAACGCCUGCAGUACUAUGCCCAGGAACUGGGGAUCCGGGAAAGCAGUGGCCACAGCGCUUCCCUCAUCGACCUCUGGGGGCUUCUCGUUGAAUAUUUCCUAUACCAGGAGGAAAAUCCUGCCAAGCUGUCUGACCAGCAGGAGGCUGUCAGCCAGGGCCAGAACCCUUACCCCAUCUACGCCAGUGUCAACGUCCGCGGCAACAUCAGUGGGGAAGACUUUGCAGAGUGGUGCGAGUUCACCCCCCACGAGGUCGGCUUACCCAAGUAUGGCGCUUAUGUUCCCACUGAGCUCUUUAGCUCAGAGUUCUUCAUGGGGCGACUGCUGCAGCUCCGCCCUGAGCCCCGGAUUUGCUACCUGCAGGGUAUAUGGGGCAGCGCCUUUGCAGCCAGCCUGGAUGAGGUCUUCCUGAAGACCACCGGCUCGGGCCUCGGCUUCCUCCAGAGGUGCAGAAGCAGUGUAAACAUCACAGACGGCUGCCAGAAGCUCCAGCUGCACGACCCAGAGAGGCUGCAAACCAGGCUCUUCACCCUCCAAGGGCCCUUCUCCCAGGCUGUGCUGGGCAUAUUCACCUACCGCUUUACCUCAGCCCAGAACUCGAACUUCACCAAGGGCCUCUGCCUGCACAAGGACUAUGUGUCUGACAGGGAGUUUUUGGCCUGGAAAGAUUCGCACCCGGAUGCCUUCCCCAACCAGCUCACUCCCAUGCGGGACUGUCUGUACCUGGUGGACGGAGGCUUUGCCAUCAACUCUCCGUUCCCGCUGAGCCUGCAGCCGCAGAGAGCCGUGGACCUCAUUCUGUCCUUCGACUACUCCCUGGACGCCCCUUUUGAGGUCUUACAGAUGACAGGGAAGUACUGCCUGGACCGAGGCAUCUCCUUCCCCAGCACUGAGGUGCCCCCUGAGGACUUGAAGGACCCCCGUGAAUGCUACCUGUUUGCCAAGGCCGAGGACCUGCGCUCACCCGUCGUGCUGCACUUCCCCCUGGUCAACCGUACCUUCCGCACACACCUGGCCCCAGGUGUGGAACGACAAACGGAUGAGGAGAAAGCCUGUGGGGACUUUGUCAUCAGUGGGCCAGACACCCCCUAUGGCAUGAUGAACUUCACCUACGAGCCCCAGGAGUUUGAGCGGCUGGUGGCCCUGAGUCGAUACAAUGUUCUGAACAAUGUGGAGACUGUGCGGCAGGCCCUCCGGCUGGCUCUGGACCGGCGACAGGCUAGGGACAGGGCUGGAGGCUGACCCGGGCUGGAGUCGGGGGACUGGGACAGAGGAGGGACUGUGGGCUCCGGACCAGGGCUUGGUAGAGGGAGGGUGGUGGACCCUGUGGGAUGAUAUCCCCUCUUGGCUGGGCUCCAGCUGGUGGGUCCCCUUGCUAAUUACUCAUCUUCGCUCUUUAAACUUGGGUCACAUUCUCUUAUCAGGCGUACAGCUGCCACCUCGUGCAAAUAGUCUCACCCUUCCCAGAAGCUAAAUGGGUGUGUCUAGAGGGCGUAUCCAUUGAUCAGGGGCAGAGUGAACGUGAACCUGCGUGUGUGUACGUGUUCCUAGUGGGGACCUGUCAGCUGCCAGGGAUGGGCAGAGGUAGAGGAAGCCUGGCUGGGAACUCAGAGGCCCGGGUUCCUGCCUUUUUCACAGAUGCACCCCCGCGAUCUGGGGGAUCUGUUUAUCAUUUCUUCUGACCCACCCAGGACCUUCCAAAUAUCUGGAGCCUCUCCAGCAUGGGCAGAUUUUAGGUGUGUGGAAAGGAGAUCCACCCUGACUGGGCUUAGCUUGGAGGUCUUGAGGUCCUCUCCCUCUGGCUAGGGCCUCUGCGGCCUCUUCUCACCCAUACCCCACCCAGCGCUGAGCCGCCUGGGGCCCUUCAGUGGCCCGGCUGCCAUAUUCACUACUCACUCGACACUCCCCUCUGCCAGGAGUGCUCUCUUUGGCUACAGCCCCUCCCUCAAUCUCUCUCUCUGUCUCUCUCUGUCUCUCUCUGUCUCUGUCUCACACACACACACACACACACACACGCAUGCUCUCCAGGGCCAAAGUCACAAUUCCUCUUCUAAUCAGGGAACUUAUGUGACAAAGCCUCACCCAUCCUGACUCUGGGAAGAAGGCCCUAGUUCUGGCUCCCGGCUGGGAGGAAGGUGUCUAGAUCCUAGCCUGUGCCCCCAGCCUGGCCUGGGACCCCAGGCCUCCAGCUGGACAUGAACUGGGGAGGCUGAGGGAGCUGGGCCUCAAAAGAGCCAGUGCUUUUAGCUGGCAUGGGGUCGGGGUAGCUUGGUUCUCUCAUGCCUGCUCACUGGGGACAAUUGCUCUUGAGAGAAGCUAUCUGGCUAGCUGGUGUUUACACAUCUUUUAUGACUCCUUAUCCUUUGACCUGCUGUCUUCCUUUUGGGUUUAUCUUUCUUUUUGUUGGAGUGCAAAAUUGAAUAGUUCUAUAGUGGAGGAUCUGUGGAAUGUAACCCUUCUGAGUCCUGAUAUGUCUGGAAUUGUCUUUUCUUGCCCUGAUUUAUAAUAGUCUGGAUUAGGGUAGAAUUCUUGGUUCAGGCUUACAUCUACUCAGAUUUUAAUGCCUCUUUGCAUUGCAUAUUGCCAAUGGGCAGCCUGAUGUCAGCUGAAUUCUCAUCCCAUUGUAGGUAAUUUAUCUUUACCUAAUUUUUAGUGUUUUCUCUUUGUCUUCGAUUUUCAAAAGUUUCACUAUGAUUUUUCUAAAGUGGGAACUUAAAAAAAAUCAGUGACCUCUUUCGAUUUCGAGAUUCAUGUCUUUUUGAAGCUCUAAGAAAUUAUCUACCAAUUGUAUCAAAACACUACUCUUCUUCAUUCUCUCUUUCUGGAUUCCUAUUAAAUGGAUAUUGAAAUGUAUGAAUCGAUCCUCUGUAUCCCUAAACUUUCCUUUUACACAUUCUGUUUUUUUCAUUUGUGCUGCAUUCUGGGGAUUUUCUUUGCAUGAUUUUUUUUGUUCACAAAUAUAUACUCCACCUGUGUCCAGCCUGCUUCUCUAUCCAUUUUUGGGGGGGUUUUGUUUAACUUUUGACUGUCACAUUUCCCUGUUUAAGUUCCCUAAUAGGAUCUUCCAAAAUUACUUGUUUUCAUUGCAUGGAAAUGCUUCACCACUUCCCUCAGAUGGUGUUAAUAUGUGCAUUUCAUGGUAUUUUCCUGAUUGUUACGUGAACAGUUUCCUUGGGGUAGGUUCUUUGUUGCCUCUCCUUCAUGGGCUUUGCCUUCUUUAUAUAUUUGGUAAUUCUUGAUUGUCAUCUCAUGUCUGAGAGGGUUGUGUACAAGCUCUGGGCUGUGAUGGCUCCUGGUCAGGUCACUGGCCAUGCACUGGCUCAGUGACCUUCAGGUGGCAGUGUGGGACUUGGGGAGGAGGCCGAAGCGAUGCAGUUCCAGAGAACUUCAGAGCCUUGAAGUGAUGCUAUGAAUUUAUUAAUCUAUAUUUAUAUCUGAUGGGUUUGGUGCUGCGGGGGGUAAGUAAAAUAUUACAGAGGAGAAUUCCAGUUUCAAGAUGAAAGACAGAGGACAGGCUGAGAUCACUUCCCAGCAUUUAAAAUUAAGUAACAAUUUUCAGUUACACAGUAAAUUUUCUGAAUUUGUCUUUUUAAGAAAUAACUUAGGUUAAAUCAGCAACUGCAUAUCAUAAAUAAUAGAACAAGUUAGGUAUCAUUGUUCCAUAACAUUCUAUUAACAAUAUCUGAGUUUUUUGAUCACCAAUAUAUUUUUUUAGUCCCCAAAUACACCAUCAGUCAGAACUGGGGUCCACUCUUCCGCGGGACAAGUUGACUCUGACACUUGCAAGGGUAAGGAGUCUCUUGGUUUGAGAGCUGCUGGCCUCACUAUGGCUCUCAGAGGCCACUUACAGGGAGCCAUGAGGGUGAAAUGAGACAAGAUGUGUGACACGCUGAGCACAGUGGCUGGCAUGCUGUGUGCUCUCAGUACUUGCUGGUUGCUCUUUUCUAAGGGGUGUUGAUGGCUCUGAGCUGCAGAGCAGUGACCUCUUGCCGGGUCCUAAAUGAUUUGGUCCUCAUCGCUCCCCGCGUCCUGCCAGGUACAUUCAGAGCAACCUGGCUCAGACCUGGGCUUGUUGCUGCCACCUUGCUGAGGGUAGGGCUGGCUGGUGAUGCUGGCCAGAGUGACCUGUCCCUAGGCCCCAACCCUCCCCUAGGCCAGGGGAAGGACCUGGCCUUCUGGGGACAUUUGACAGGACUCACUCCUUGUCUUUGCUCCAUGAAUCUUCCCCUUCUCCCUCCUUCCUCCUGGCCUGGGAGGAGGUGGUCCAUCUUCGUGUGUCCCUGUGUGCACGUGUGUGUGCUCUUUUUUAAAUUAGCUGUACCAGAGGUUUCUGGUGGUGCUGGCUGCCAUCCAAGAGGUGAGGGAAAAGCCCUCAGUGUGGGAGCCACCCAGAGGGUGGAGCCCUGAUGUCCUAACAGAUCCUUGCCUUGCUAAGCUGGGCAGAUUUAAGGCCCGUCCCUGUGGGAU